ACUUUUAUCAGACUCACUCUACCUCUCAUCAAUUUAUUUAAUACCAAGAAAGGAAUAGUUGGGAUCUGCCAUUUAAGAUCUGGUUUGGAUUCCGCGGUUUGGACUCUGAUACAACCAAGCUUCACACCACUCACUAGGAAAUAAAUAUACAUUUUUGUUCCAAUGGCUGUGAGAAGGCCUGGUUUGAUUGCUUUAUUUGAUGUUGAUGGGACUCUUACAGCACCAAGAAAGGUGGCCACUCCUGAGAUGUUAGAGUUCAUGCAGAAACUCCGGAAAGUUGUUGCUGUGGGAGUGGUGGGUGGAUCUGACCUCUCUAAGAUAUCAGAGCAGCUUGGCAAGACAGUUACUGAGGACUAUGAUUACGUAUUUUCUGAGAAUGGACUAGUGGCUCAUAAAGAUGGAAAACUUAUUGGCACUCAGAGCUUGAAGACAUUUCUUGGGGAAGAAAAGCUCAAGGAAUUUAUAAAUUUUACACUUCACUAUAUUGCUGACUUGGAUAUUCCUAUAAAAAGGGGCACCUUUAUAGAAUUCCGAAGUGGGAUGAUUAAUGUAUCACCAAUUGGACGGAAUUGCAGCCAAGAAGAAAGGGAUGAAUUUGAAAAGUAUGACAAGGUCCAUAACAUACGCCCAAAAAUGGUGUCUCUGCUGCGUGAGAAGUUUGCUCACCUUAACCUGACAUUCUCAAUAGGCGGACAGAUAAGCUUUGAUGUUUUUCCUCAAGGUUGGGACAAGACAUAUUGCUUGAGGUACCUUGAUGAGUUUGAUGAAAUUCACUUCUUUGGUGACAAAACUUACAAGGGAGGAAAUGAUAAUGAAAUUUAUGAAUCAGAACGAACUGUGGGUCACACAGUUACCAGUCCUGAAGAUACAGUGAAGCAGUGUAAAGCUCUGUUCCUAGCAAAUUCCUAAGCUUAUAGGCUACUUUGACUUUCUAUUGUACCACAUUUGUAUACUAAACAUUUGAGAAAAAACACCAAGUAGAAUCCCCGCCUGUGUAAUAUUUAUUAUUAAUUUAAACGUGAUGAAAACAUAUGGACCCUAA